CCAUCUCAUCGGCGAUCAAAUCAAAUCAUAUGUAAAUAUAAAUAUAUACAUAGCCAUAAAUAAAAUUAAAUCCAAAUCUCCCAACUCUUUCACUUGUCGUCUUCUUCUAGCUCACAAGAUUCCAGCCGGCGCUCCUCCUUCCGGUGUAGGAGGAGAAGAAGGAGAAGGAGAAGCAGAGACUCAUUUAAUCACAAGUCAAAAGAAAGAAAGAAAAAUGGCUUCUAUGGAUAAUAAUAGAGACGAAGAGGAACCCUUUGUUGCUGCUGCUGCUUCUGUUGAUAAUUCGGAGACUCUCAGGAACCACACGAAAGAUAUUCAUAUCUUGAGCUCUGCUUUUUUGUUGAUCUUCCUGGCCUAUGGUGCUGCUCAGAACUUAGAGACCACUCUCAAUACUAAGGAUGAUAUGGGCACGAUUUCCCUAGGGAUACUGUAUGUGUCUUUCACAUUCUUCUCUUUAAUUGCUUCUUCGGCGGUUCGAUUUAUGGGGUCAAAGAAUGCUGUGCUUCUCGGCACUUCUGGUUAUUGGUUGUUCAUUGCUGCUAAUUUGAAGCCCACUUGGUAUACGAUGGUACCGGCUUCUUUGUACCUUGGCUUUGCUGCUUCAGUAAUAUGGGUUGGACAGGGUACAUAUCUCACUUCCACGGCACGCAGUCAAGCGAGAGAUUACCACUUACAUGAAGGAACUGUAAUUGGCAACUUCAAUGGAGAAUUUUGGGGAAUGUUUGCUGGCCACCAGUUUGUUGGAAAUCUAAUCUCUCUUGCUAUUCUGAGAAAUGGAACCGAGGGAAGUACCAGCGGUACAACUUUAUUGUUCACUGUGUUUCUUUGUAGUAUGAGCUUAGGUACCGUAUUAAUGUGCUUCUUAAGUAAAAGGGUUGAUGGAGGUGAGGAGGGCCCUAAAGAUUCUUCUGUCAGUUUAUGUUCUUCUCUAACAUCACUGUCGAAGUCAGUUAUCACUCCUUUGCUUGAUGUACGCAUGCUAUUGAUCAUCCCCUUGAUUGCAUAUUCAGGAUUACAACAAGCAUUUGUAUGGGCUGAAUUCACCAAGGAAAUUGUAACUCCAGCACUUGGUGUGUCUGGUGUUGGGGGUUCGAUGGCAGUAUACGGUGCUUUUGAUACAAUAUGUUCCCUCACAGCUGGAAGACUCACCUCUGGUAUUUUUUCAAUCACGUGGAUUGUCUCUGCUGGACUUUUUCUUCAGGCCGUUGUAUUUCUCUGGAUUCUGCUUAAAUACAGUUUAACAAGUGGGGUACUUGGCAUUGUAUACCCACUUCUCAUGGCAGCCAUGUUGGGCAUUGGUGAUGGAGUAAUCAAUACACAACUUAGUGCUUUGCUUGGAAUACUUUUCAAGCAUGAUACGGAAGGAGCAUUUGCGCAACUCAAGGUCUGGCAAAGUGCUUCCAUUGCAGUUGUGUUCUUUAUCAACCCAUACAUGUCGCUGCAGGUGAUGGUGGCCAUUAUGCUUGCAGCACUAUUUGUAGCAGCAGGUGGAUUCUUGGUAUUGAGUCUCCGGAUAGAGAAAGCUUUCUCCUCCCCGAGUUGAUGGUGGCCGUUAUGCUUUUCUUUUCUUUUGAAUUUUUCACGUCAUGCUUUGGUGAUUUCUCUAGCCGUGGCAUUUUUCUGUAAAACGUACAUUUUACCACUUGGUAAAAUGAUAGUUUGCUUCAAACUGCAGUAUAACGACAAGGGUCAUGAAAAACAAUCACAUUUCAAUAGCUGAUUCUGCUAUCUUGAAUCAAUAGGCUGGUUAUUGCAA